AUGGGCACUUGUGGAAACACUCGUAAUUUUAUGGACGAAAUGUUAUGUAUCAUAAAAGAAAUCGAAUGUUCAAAACCUGAACCAGAAAUAUGCAAUGUCUCGUGUCCGCCAUUAGGAUGUCCAAGAGGUCCAUGUCCAGGAAUGUGUUGCGAUGGAAUAAGCUGCGAUCCCUGUUGCAUAUCACAGAUGCCAUGUUGUCCACCUAGUCCAUGCCUACCAGGUUGCGUACCAAUAUGUUGUACAGAACCUCCUCGUGCCGAGAUCAAGCUUAAACCAGUUCCAAGAAAAAUUUGUUGUUUCCCACCGAACCCCGAUUGUCCACCGAUCUCGUCAAUUCCAUUUUGUCCAUCUCCAUGUGGUCCACCUCCGCUUUGUACAAGCCCACCAUGUCUCCCAUUACGUUGUCCUAUCUCCCCAUGCGCACCAAUGUGCCAGUAAGUCGUUAAUUUAUUUAUUAAUAUUACGAAAACAAAUUAUAAAAAAAAAAUCAAAUGUUUUCAGGCCUUCCGAUUGUUUAAGAGAUUGUACGAUUCCAUGUGGACCCAUAGCAUGUUUCCCUACAAAUUGUUGUCCUACACCAACGUGUUGCCCAAUUCCACCGUGCUUAAAACCAUCGAAACCACCCUGUUGUCCGGUUUAUGUAUGCAUACCACCUCGAUGUAAUAAAUAAAAAUCUUUCGAAUGUAAUCAUUCGUA